UCGGAAGUACGAGUACUAGAGUCGUUUCAACUUCAUACAUUAUAUAAAGUACAGUUGUGUUGUAACAUUCAGAAAUCGAAAUUACUAGAAGAUCUUCAUCGUAGUAACAAACAACCACAUUCCCAACUCCAAGAAAACCGAAAAUGAGGGCUGUUGCAGUACCCCUACCUGGUGGACCUAGAGUUCUGCAAGUUCAAGAAAUUGACGAACCUCAACUCAGACACGAUCAAGUUCUCAUCAGAGUCCACUUCGCCGCCGUUAACAGAGACGACAUUUCUCUCCGACGAGGCGCUUUCCGUUUCCCUUUAGGUGGAACUCUUUUCCUAGGUUUUGAAUGUUCUGGAGUUGUCGAAUCCGUCGGUAAAAACGUCUCCAAUUGGAAAAUUGGUGAUAAGGUUUGUGCUCUUCUUGAUGGAGCUGGAUAUGCUGAGAAAGUAGCUGUUCGUGAGGGACAAGUUUUUCCGAUUCCAACCGAGCUUUCUCUCGAGGAGGCAGCCAGUCUCCCCUUCGCUGCAUGUACUGUCUGGUUAAGUGUCUUUAUCACUAGCAGAUUAUGUAGAGGGGAAACCUUGUUGAUUCAUGGAGGUUCUGGUGGAAUCGACGCAUUUGCAAUUCAGGCAGCUAAGUUGGGUGGAUCAAGAGUAUUUGUUGUUGCAGGUGAUCAAGAGAGGCUAUCUUAUUGUGAGAGUUUAGGAGCCCAUGUUAUGAUCAAUUACAGAAUUGAGGACUUUGCUGCAAGGGUGAAGAAAGAAACGCGUGGUCGAGGUGUUGAUGUGAUUCUUGAUUGUACCGGAACACCUUACUUUCAGAAAAAUAUUGAGAGCUUAAACGUUAAUGGAAGGCUUUUCAUUAUGGGCGCUCUAGGGGCGACUUUGUAUACACAGAUGGAUCUAAGUGUUUUAGUUAACAAGCGUCUCACUGUCCAAGGGGGUUACUUGCAAAAUAGGAGUGCUAGAAGCAAGCAAUUGAUCAUUGAAGAUGUGAAGAAGAAUCUUUGGCCUGCAAUUGGGAAAGUAGAUGGAAUGAUAUUGCCUGUGGUCCACAAAUGUUUCUCUUUUUCUGAAGCAGAUGAGGCUCACCGGCUUGUGGAAACUGGUCACCAGAUUGGGAAGAUAUUGCUUAAGCCAUGAAAACCAUGGUCAAUACUCGAUCGAUGUGUACAUGAAACAGUAUAGGAUCUUUUGAGUUUUAGACCUAUGUUCUAUCCAUGUACAUGAAACAACAUAUUAUUUUGGAUCAUUUGAGUUUAGAUCUUUGUUUGAUUGAUGUACAUGUUACCACAUUGUUUUGGAUCAUUUGAGAUUAGACCUUUGUGUAUUCUGGUUUCUGUUAAAUAAAGUCCUGCUUUACAAUUUUCA